GGGCAGACCCUGACUGAAGGGGCGCAGGGCAGGGAGUGGGGUCACUGUUGGCAGGCCCAGGUGAGCGAUGGUGUCCCAGCCGCCACUGCUGUUCCUCUUGCUCCUGGUUCCACAGGCUGGGCAUGGCUGCCAGGGGUCACAGCUGGACCGGGAAAUUGUCCUGGCCAAGGUGAGGGCCCUGUUCCUGGACGCCUUGGGGCCCCCGGCAGUGAUCGGGGAAGGUGGGGAUCCUGGAGUCAGGCGUUUGCCCCGAAGACAUGCCUUGGGAGGCUCCGUGCGGAGGGCCUCUGAGCCCGAGGAGGAGGAUGUAUCCCAGGCCAUCCUUUUCCCAGCUUCAGGUGCCAGAUGUGAGGAUAUGCCAGCUGCUGGUGAGUGGGCCCAGGAGGCUGAAGAGGGCCUCUUCACGUAUGUGUUCCGGCCGUCCCAGCACACACGCAGCCGCCAGGUGACUUCGGCCCAGCUGUGGUUCCACACCGGACUGGACAGGCAGGGCACAGCAGCCUCUAAUAGCUCUGGGCCCCUGCUAGGCCUGCUGGCACUGUCAUCCGGGAGUCCCAUGGCUGUGCCCAUGUCACUGGGCCAGGCACCCCCUCGCUGGGCUGUGCUGCACCUGGCCGCCUCGGCCCUUCCUCUGCUGACCCGCCCUGUCCUGGUGCUGCUGCUGCGUUGUCCUCUCUGUUCCUGCUCAGCCCGGCCUGAGGCCACACCCUUCCUGGUGGCCCACACACGGGCCAGGCCGCCCAGUGGAGGGGAGAGAGCCCGGCGCUCGACUCCUCCACUGCCCUGGCCGUGGUCUCCCGCCGCGCUGCGCCUGCUCCAGAGGCCUCCAGAGGAACCGGCUGCCCACGCCAACUGCCACCGAGCGGCUCUCAACAUCUCCUUCCAGGAACUGGGCUGGGACCGGUGGAUCGUGCACCCUCCCAGUUUCAUCUUCCACUAUUGUCACGGUGGCUGCGGGCUGCCUGCCCCACCAGACCUGCCCCUGCCGGUCCCUGGGGUUUCCCCCACCCCUGUCCAGCCCCUUUCUUUGGUGCCAGGGGCCCAGGCCUGCUGUGCCUCUCUUCCGGGGACCAUGAGACCCCUACGUGUCCGCACCACCUCGGAUGGAGGUUACUCCUUCAAGUACGAGAUGGUGCCCAACCUUCUCACACAACACUGUGCUUGCAUCUAAGAGAGUUCUGCGGGGGGCCAAGCCCCCACCAUCAGCUGGGAGGAAGGGCAGAGUUCGGGAGAUUGAUGGUUUCUACUUCCCCCUUCCUCCCACUUCUCUGCCUGAAGGCUCCUCCCCCGUCCCACCGCUGUCCCAUGGGUAACAUGUGACAAUAAACAGCGUAGUGCAUAUGA